AUCUAAGUAACUGCUGGGUGAAGUCAGUUGUCUGUAAUUUUAUAUUCAGACCUGAAUUCAUAUUACUGUUAUCCAAACUACAAGAGUUACUACAGCAUUAAGGAAUAUACUGCAGCACAUCUGCGUCUUUUGACUUACAUAAAUGAGGGGGUUCUUGACGCUGACCGUCCGUGCUGUGAGCCGCGUUCCCCGCGUUCCCCGCGUUCCCCGCAGACCGCUCAGUGGAGGAAGACCCCCCGCGCCGUUAGGAGCAAGAGUCCUCACCAACCCCGAGGACAUCUUUCAGCAUAACAUGUGGGAUCAUGUGCAGUGGACAGAGGAGGAGACAGAGAAAGCCCGGCUAAGAGCAGAGGAGAACUCUAAAGAGAAGAUUCCUGUAGAAGAGCAAUCCAAAUAUGACGGAGAAGCUUAUAAAUAUUGGGACCGAUUUUAUGAGAUGCACCAGAGGAAGUUCUUCAGAAACCGAACUUGGCUCUUCACUGAAUUCCCAGAGCUUCUCCCUCCAGACACCGCAGGCUUGUGCCGCCCGGAGCUGGAGCAGGACUCGCGCUCAGAGUCUGGGAACAGAGAAAAGCAGCAGCCCUGCGGUUCCUGUACAUUAACCAGUCAUAUGGACACAUUCCCUGGACAGCAUGCUGCUUUCAGGAUACUAGAGGUGGGCUGUGGUGCAGGUAACAGUGUGUUUCCCAUCAUCAGCACCAUCAGGGGGAGUAAGGCGUUUCUGUACUGCUGUGACUUCUCAUCUCAAGCUGUUGAGCUCAUCCAGGAGCACCCAGACUAUGACCCUGCAGUGUGUCAUGCAUUUGUGCGGGACAUUUGUGACACGAGGUCCCCGUUUCCCUUCCCCCCCGAGAGUCUGGACAUUAUUCUGGUGGUCUUUGUGCUCUCUGCCAUCCACCCAGCACGCAGAGCUCAAGAUGUGGUGACGUCUUUGGCUGGAUUCCUGAAGCAGGGAGGCAUUAUGCUGUUCAGAGACUAUGGCAGAUAUGAUCUGGCACAGCUUAGAUUUAAAAAAGGACAGUGUUUGUCUGAAAACUUCUAUACGCGGCAGGAUGGAACCUGUGUGUAUUUCUUCACAAAAGAUGAGGUUCAUCGUUUGUUUUCUGAUGCUGGUCUGGAGGAGCUUCAGAAUCUGGAAGACAGAAGACUGCAGGUAAACAGAGGAAAGAAGGUUGUGAUGCACAGAGUGUGGGUGCAAAGCAAAUACAGGAAGCCUUCUCUGAUUUCAGACUGAGCUCUCAAAGAACUGGGCCAAAGAUUUUAUGUGAUAGACUUCAAGUAUAGCAACUGAUGGAGAUAACAUUUGUAUGUGCCACUAUUUGCCUUUGUUAGGUUUCAAUAAAUGAUAACGAAUGCA